GACAAAGAAAUACAGGCACUUAAGAAAGAACUUCAGGAAGCAAAGCAUAAGACUUAUUUGGCUUCAUCCCAAGAAAAAAAUGGAAUUUCUUCAGAAACGCAAGCACUUUUCGAACAAAGAAUACUUAAUUUACAGUCGGAGCUCGACGCAUGCCUUCAGACUGAGCAGCGAACCAUUCGGGGUUUGAGACAGGAGUUCGAAUUUGUUAAGAAUAAAUAUGAAUCCAGAAUAGCCGCCCUUGAGUUCGACCUUCUAGAAAAGUCUUCCAAAUUAGUCAAACUUGAAAAUACUAAGGUUCCUGAUGACUUUGAGCCCUAUGACCUUAAUGGUCAACAAAUUACUGAGGCCGGAAAAACGAAAAAAAUGAAAAGCGGUUCUCAGAAACGAAAUCUUACUAUUGUGAAACCCAAAGUCAGUUUCAAUCUAAACGAGAUGCAUAAAAGUAUUAUCUCCUGA